AUGGUCUUGUAUCUGCAGAAAAAUUUAGAAAUUAGAAAAAUGUCGUCUCAACAACAGUGCCAAAAUAAUAAUAAUCAACAACAACCACAACAAUUUACUUCUCCUUCCACUACUUCUCCACCUUUUUCAACAGCAACAACAAAUUCUAGUCUGGAGCAGCAAUUACUUCUACUUGCAGUACAGGAGCGUCUAGCCCAGUCAUUUUCAUCUUCAACAAUAUUCCAACAACCAUCAACUACAACAACUACACCAACUCAACACCCCCAACAAUUACCUCCUCCCUCUCUAAGCCCUUCUUCUUCCCUCUCUAUUUGGCAGCAAUUAACAACAGCUUUAUGUCAAUUACCCAACGAUGCCCAUUCAAUUUUAAAUGCUGUAGCAAAUAUUAGUCCAAAUUCGUUGGAUACUUUAACUGCUGCUUUAAUUGCACAACAACAACAACAAACAACUACAGCUCCAAUUUCUUCACUUCCUUUAGAAAGUAUUUUGUUACAAGCUGCUGCAAGUGCUGCUUCUCUUCCACUAUCUCCUAGCCAUCCAUUAUAUCAACAAGGAAUUUGUUUGUGGUCUCAAUGCAAUCAGAAAUUCGAUUCACUCGAAGCUUUCCUCAUCCACUUAACUCAAUCUCACGUUCAAGACGAAAAUUCUGUUCGUCAAUGUCGUGCCCAAAUCGAGCUUGUAGACAAUUUAGAAAGGAAAUUAACAAGUGAACGUUCUCGUCUUCAAGCAAUGAUUACACAUUUUCAACAAGUACAGGAAACACAACAACAACAACAAACUUGUUCUUCUCUUUCUUCUCUUUCUUCUUCUACAGCAACAACAACAAGUACUCCAAUAAAUAAAAGAGAAAAUAAUUUAGAACAAGAAUAUCAACAACAACAACAACAACAACAAAAUAUUUUAAAUUCAAUUACUCAACAAAAAAUUUAUGAAGAACAUCUUAAUCAACAACAAUUACUUCAGCAUUUGCCAUCAACAGAAGGAUUGCAAUUAAAGGAGGUGAGGAAGGACUGUUGUAUUUUUAAAGGGAAUAUUUUUGGAAUUUUUUGUUUGAAUGAGAGGACCUUUUUUAAAUUCAAUUUAUAACGGGGUUAGCCUUCUCCUUCCAAAAGCUCAAACAUCUCCACUUUAUAUUCUAAAUCCGUUUGGAAUUAUAUUACCUGUCACCUAUUUAUAUCUCCUGGUUUUGUUCGAUCCAUAUAUCUCCCGAACUUGGAUUAAGCCGAA